CUUCCAGCAAUCGAAUCAAAGAAAAAAAACAAAGAGAAAAAGAAAAACCCAGUCCGUUCCAAACUUUGAUCAAUUUUCAUCACGUUUUUUUAUUGGCUUUUUGUUUAUUCUCUUGCCUUCGAGAGCUUAAAGUUUGUGUGUUGUUUUUUGAAUUCACAACAGAACAGAAGUCCCGUUCCUUCGCCCACAAAGAUGCAGUACACAAAGUGCAAAACGAUGUUGAUGCUGGCCGUACUAUCGUUAUCGCUAACGCUAUCGCUAUCGGCUCCAUCGCCUCAGCAGCUCAACGCCGAAGUGGAGUCCACGCUGCAGGACAGCAGCGACAGCGACCCGGACCUUAAUCCAAUCAAUGCAGAGGAGGUGUUAGGCGAUGGCCAAGAGCGCAACAAAAGAAAACUACCCGAUGCGACAUUCGAGGCCAAGAAUGCGGUGCUCGGCUUCGUGUUUGGUAAAAUCGACAACUUCCUGGACACGAAGACCCGCGUGAUCGAGCAGCUGGAUCGCGCAAACAUCGAGAAGAACAAGCAGUGGGACAUCAAGUCGCCGGUGCCCAUCAAGGACUUCCAGACCCUUAUCACAGCCGUCGUCUCGCCGAAGAUCCGUUCGUUGGGCAACAUUGCCAAUGACCUCACCACCGGUGUCCUGACGACCAUCACCGCCUUCAGUGGCUCCUCGUCCGGCAAUGGAAAUGCGAACGCCGGCCUGGGCAACGUUGUCUCGAAGUUCUUGAGCUUCUCCGGUCCCAUCCUGCAGGGCUCCUCGGGCGGCGUCAACGGCAUAGGUGGGGUGACGACACCAGCCCCGGACUCCGACGAGGCGGGCUACUAAACAGGAGCCAGGACCUAGAAGCCAGGCAGAGCGCAAUGAGAGCUAAACCUUGGUUGAACCUUGUAAUUUAUCGUUAUCCUCGACCAAUCCUUAGAUUCCAUCACUCUUGCGGUGCGGAUGCGGAGCAAAAUCUUGUUGAAUUUCCCCCCUGUUUUUGUUUCUUCACACCUUAGUUAAGAUCCACGUUAAGCAUUGUUUCAUGUUUGUACAUACAUUCGGCAUAUAUAUAAAUACUAUAUCAAUCCACCCACUCUAUGACUCUAUGACUCUAUGGCGAUCGAAAAUAAACGACA